UAUAAAAGUGUCUGUCAAAUAUAAUUUGGCAAAAGAAAUUUUAUACAAAGCGAUAUUGCAACAACAGUCAAAACAAUGUAAAAAUGUUUUACAUUUUGAAAUUGCAGUGAUUGCAUCUUAUGCUAACGACGUGAAUAACAUUUGAAGCAAAUAAAAUGACCGAAUGUCGUAUCAAUCAGCAUUUGUGUCGACUUUGUGGUUGCAAAAAUGAAAACGGGCGGUCACUAAACGAUCCAAAUAAUAUUGAAUUGGUAUCGAAAAUUCAAGAAACCUUUUCAAUGUUGAUUGGUGGCAAUGAUCCGUUGCCAAAUAAAAUUUGCAUUCAGUGCGAACAAGAUGUGAAUGUAUUUUAUAUGAGAAUCAAGAGAUUCCGUACACUACAGAAUAAAUGGCGUGAUGAAGUCCAAACAUUUUCACCAAUGGAUCCAUAUCUGGACUAUGAAAAAUACUACAAUAAUGAAAUGGAAAAAAUACGUGAAAAAAUUAACAUGUACUUGAAUGAAAUGGAAAAUCAUAAUAAUGUGAAAGAUCCAUUGGAAGCUGAUGUUGAGUGUGCCACGCCAAAUGAACAAAACGAUGAUGUAAAUGUGACCGUCGAACAAUCAACCAACGAUACAAUGACAUUCGAACAGCGACUGUUGAAAAGGGAACGUGAACGAAAAUCAAGUCAACGACGAAAACGCGGCCUUACUGGCUACAUUCGAAGCAGAAAACUUAAGCGAAAACUUCAAAAACGCGCCAAAAAUACGGAAACCGUCUUAAAUCCGGCUAGCGUUCAUCCGAUCGAAAAUUGUGCCAUUCCAAGAGCGGAGAUUCCGUAUAAAAAGUACCGAAAUGAAAUGUUGGAAAUUAUGUCACAGAAUGAAAUACUUGAAAGUCGAACGCGAGUCAAUCGUCGUGCAUCGCAGCCGUUCAAUUACAAGUUGUUGUCGGCACAACCACAAAUGGCUCCAAAGAAAAAACCAUCGUUGCCCGAAUCGUUGACGGUGAAAAAAGAACCGAUAACCAAUCACGUUUUGGAAGUUGUGAAAUUGAAUAUAAAAUCACAAACUCCAAAAAUUGCGGAUGAUGCAUCGGUUAAUAUUCGGCCACGUCAACGACGCCGAAUCAAUUAUUCCGAAGAAUUGGUUGAUGAAGCAUUAAUGUACGAACAAAUUUUACUGGAUAAACAAAAUCAACAAGAGAAAUUCAAGAAGAGUAGCCCGAAAAAAGUGCAACAACAAACAAAUGAUUACACUAAAUCGAUACCAUCGCCAGGCAAUUUAGAUUCUCGCCUUCGGUUGCUUGAACAACGAAAUGAAAUUAGUAUUACGCCGCUAAAGUCACGCAUGCCAACAAAAGAUUCAGGUAGAAGCGAAUCCAGAAUACCGAUGUCAAUGAAAACGGAACCACUUUUCAAUAUAACGUCAUCGGUUUCGGUUCAUAUCAAACCACGAUUGAACGAACAAACAGCGGCAAACCUUCAAAUUUCAAAUAUAACCAGUUUAGUAAGUGGCCAGCGAGCAAUGCCAUCAAGCAAACGACGAAAGAUUUCCUGUCCAUAUUGUGCGAAAAUAUUUAACAAUGAUAAACAAUUGGCCACACAUCAAACGGCACAUUUAAAAAUCCAAUUGCAUCAGCUUGACAUGGUGAAAAUACUAAGUCCAAAAUUGCGUCGCGGACGCAUGUUGAAUCUCGAAGAUGAGCAAUACAUUCGUUGCGUUAACUGCUGGCAAUUGCAUACAACCAAUAAAGGUAUUCUUGAUCAUUGGAACAAUGGUGCUUGCAUGUUCUUCUGUACAAUUUGUGGUAAAUCAUUCCAUGACAAUAUCAAAGAUUUAAAGCCACAUUUCGAGAAUGAGCAUGGAAUCAAAUACCGAUCAAUGUUUCUUCCAACAAAUAUACGUCAAAUGGCUGCUAAGACGACGACGACAGACAUUGAUGAAAAAGUCGAAACGGCAAAGAAACCGGAACUAGCAAAAAAAUCAACCACACACACUGGAAAAAAACCGGUAAAGCUAACAAUAAAUCCAAAUGCACUCGGUGAAUUUCAAUGCAAAGAAUGCUCUAAAAGUUUUAAAAGUCAUAAAGCAUAUCGAGCCCAUCAUACACUGGUUCAUGGUGGAAAGCAUUAUCUAAUUAAUAAGAAGCGAAGCGGUACACAAAAGCAAAAAAUGAUUGGUGAAACUGUUAUCAAUCCGAUGGCUCUUAUCAAUGCACCAACAAAAUCCGGCAAACAUCAAAAGACACUUGGUAAAAAAUUGAAAAAACGAACAAAUGAAGCUGUAAUGAAAACAAUAAUUCGAAAAGCACCAAAGCGUCCACCGCCACCAAUAUCAUUGACCAAUCCACCGCCGUUGCAGCCGGCAAGAAAAGUGACCGAACCAAAGUCAAUCGAAACGCUCAUAAAAACAAGUACAUCUUCUUUGGAAGCCGCUGUAAAUCAUCAUAAUAAAGAAGUGAGUCAAGAUCAAACAGUGUCAAGUACAUUUUUGGCAUCAUCAUCUAUUUGUGCUGAAGAUGAUGUACAAAUUAAACCCGAACUCGAUCUCGAUCAGUCCAUUGAUGAGUAUUCAAACAGUUACAUUGAUACUUCAGUUCAAUCAUGUAAUGGUUGGGUGCAUUUGUCACCACAAUACGAUAAUGUUGAUGUGGGAUGGAAUCAAAAUAUGGUUGAUCCGUACUUGGACAUGUCACCGCGGUUAAAAGUUAAAGAUCUAACGGACUUACAAAAUCCACGUCAACAAUGCUAUCCAGUUGAUACUCAGGGCUAUCAUCAACAACAGCAACCACAGCAACCGCCACCACUUCAUCAAAUGCAACCGUUACAAUCAGCCCAACAUACAAAUUCUCUCUAUAAGGAUACACAGCCAUUGAUAAUGCCCAGUCCAAAUAUGACCGAUCUUCAGAUUCAAAAUGUUCAAAGUUACCAGCCCCAGCCACCACCACAAACAUACGUCGAGUAUUCGUGUGUGAAUAAUAUGAAUUCAAGCAUGAAUUUACCGGGCCAUGGAAUGUGCACAUCAAAUCUCUACGAAAUGCAUAUUUCACCAGCACCACAAGUGCAAAGUACACAACUUAUAAAUCCAGUAUUUUUACUACCAUCAAAUUCAUCGCAUGCCGUUCAAGAUUACCAUUAUUGAUGACUCCAUACAAAAUGAUUUCGAAUCGUUUGCGGACGAGUGAUAUUGAAGAAGAUUGAUAAAAGUAAAAAAGCAACCAAUCUACAAACUUCACAAUUGAUAUUAAUAACAGCAUGAUGAAUAAAAAAAAAAAACAAUUGAAUUUAUUGGAUGUUUUCAGAAAUCCUUUUUUUUCUUUUUUAUUUUGUUUUAUGUUUGAAACCGUUAACUUACAUUUUGUUAGAGCUCUAAAAAUGAAUAAAAUACAAUUUAUCUUCCA